UUAUUCAACAAGUGAAACGUGAAUAGAUUUAAAAAAAUUGACAGUAUAUUUCUUUAAAAGACGUAAAAGCCUUUGUGCUAUUUGCAACGACUUCUUUAACCUUACGCUACAAAAAACAACCAUAUUGCAUUUUUCUUUUAAAAGAAACAAGUGUUUUUUAUUAAUUAUUCAUUUAUUGUAUUCUACUCUCAGCUCGUCACGCACAAACAAAAUCUAAAUUUAUGGUUUUUUGUUUUCAGGAAAUAAAAGGAAAAAACAAAUUUUUGUCAAUAAAUAUUUUCCUCUUAAUCUCUACUCGUGUGUAAGGCGUAAACUGAUUGUAAAUCCUUCCCAUUUCUAACUUAAAGCCUAGAAGAUCUCUCUUCUGCUGACGUAUAAAAGUCUUGUUUGACCUGUGGAUAUAUUUGCGCACCCCAAGCAGGGGAUACCGACUGUUUUAUAUGACUUUUGAAAGAAUAAGUGAAACACCAGUAUACAAAGGAGCACCUCCAUCUCCACCUCAACGGAGCAAGUUCGUUAGUUCGUGCAUGAAUUCACAUCGGCGUUGUUUAAGUCAUAGAUGGUGUUUCACACUUUGCCGGAAACAUUCUUCCUUUUUCACUGUCUUUACAGGACUUCAAAAUUUUCUAGUAAUAGACAUCGGAAGCUGCUACCAUUUAGAGAAACGUGAGGCUUUUACCUACGUUUAUUAGCCCCGUCGUUUAACGAAUUCUAAAAAUAGUUAUUUUUUUUUUUUUUUUUUUAAUUAACCAACCAAUCAAAUACUACCGCAAUCCACACAAAAUAAUAUCAUAAUAAUAUGAAUAAAUGUAAUAAUCAGAGAAAAGAAUCAAAAGGAAAAUUUAAAAAAUAUUAAAAUAUCUCAUCCAACCAACAACAACAAGCACAUCCUCCUAGGAGUGAAACUUAAUUACACAAAAAAAUAAAAGCAUUGCAUAAAAAUUUCAAAAAAAAAAAAAAAUAAAUAAAAAUAAAAAUAAUAUCAUCAAUCCACUACAACAAAAAGCCAUUUCAUAAAUAAAACGGCAGUUGUUGCAAAUUGUUUGAAGGAAAUUAAGAAAAAUAAAUAAAAUACUAUUUAAAAAAAAAAAAACAG